AUGAGAAAAGCUGAGGUGCAGAUGACCCUGAAAAAAGGGGCAGAUGAAGCGGCGGCACCCCCGAGCCCCAUCAUCCCCCCAAAACGGUCCAAAGCGAGCCCAGAGCAAGUCGUCCCAGAUCCUCGUGGAGCGGGUUAUCCCACCCCAAGUCCUCCUGUUUUUACACGCAAAAUGAGGAAUGCCGCGGUGGGGACAGGCUGCGACAUCCGUCUGAAGGUGACUGUGGCCGGAGACCCCCAGCCCUCCCUGUACUGGUACCACAAUGAGGACCUCCUCAACAUGGAGAACCAGGAGUACGGAGGCCUCUGGAUUAGGGAUUGCAAACCCAGUGAUGCUGGCCUCUACACCUGCAUCGCCAAUAAUCACGUAGGAGAGGCGCGGAGCAGCGCAGUGCUGGCUGUCUUGGACCUGGGUGAAGAUUCCGAAACAACAGAGGAUGAAGGUGACCAAUUUGAGACCAAAGAAGAUAGUGGGGAUGUUGAGGACCAGGCUGUGCAUACAGUGAUGGACAAAUGUGCAGAAGAUGACAGUAGAACACAUGGACAUGAGGAUCACUCUAACACAACCAGGAGCCAGUCAGAGAAUUUUUCAAGAGAAUCUCCCCCACAAGCCCUCCCACCCCCAUCCCCAAGACUCGUCAAACGUCAGUCCACCUCUCCAAUGCCAAGUCGCUCUGGUUCAACUACGCCUCUCAGCUUGCGGAAGAAGAUUGUUGUGCCAACUGAAUACCAAGACACAGUGCCUGGGGAGUUUGAAGAAAAGGUUAAGCAGCCAAAAUUUGCAUCCCAAAGUAACACCCAGGACUCCAGACCACAGACUCCACUGAGCGAGUACUCCCGUAAAGAAUUUACUCUCAGACCAUCCCCAAAGCUUACCAGAGCAAGCUCAAAGGUAUUUGAGAAAGUCCGGGGCCUAGAGGAGCGGAGGCGAAGCCUUGAUAUCCCAGAGGGUUCCAUCUCGGGAGGAUCCUGGGCGGGGUUCAACCGCGCUGGAUCUGUGGAUUCAGAUGAUGGAGGAAGCCACUUGGGCAUCUCUAGAGAAAGUUCAAGGGAAGAUCUAAGAGAGGCUUUGAAAGAGGAUGCUGCUGAGCGGAGAUCUAUGUUUAGACACAGAGCUGCUUCGCUGGAGGAAAAACCUCGCUACUCCCAAAAAGUUCAGGACAUCGAGAACAAGUUCACUGAGGAGCUCCAACGCAUUAAGAAGCUUGUCGGUAAACCUCAUAUGAAGAAGUCCUUUUCAACGGAACAGCUCACUCUAAAGGGCAAGCAGCGGCAGCCUUUCAGGAAACUUGAACCGAUUCCUCCACAAGUUCUUCAAAAGCUCCAAGAGAGAGAACGUGCCCAGUGGGCAAAGGAACAGAGGGAAAAGGAACAUAGUCAGCAACCAAUGCAGCAACAACAGCAAACACAACAAGAACAGCAUAAGUCCCAACCCCAAAAGACAGCGAGCACUGGUUCGACAACUGUAACCAUCAGUCGAUUUGGAGAAGUUGCCGGCACCCCAGAGUCCAUGCAGUUGUCUGACUUACCAGGACAACGAUCUGUGAGAGAAUUAAGCAGAGUCAGUCCUGUAACAGAAAUCAUUCAGAGAUCGUCAUCACCAGCAUUAUAUAAUCAACAAAGGGAUGAGUCGCCGAGCAGAAAUGUUGCAGAGAUGACAUUACGCAAGGUUGAACGAAGGCCACCAAGUCCGCUCGUACAAAGGGUAUCUCGAAUGCAAGAAUCUCCACACAUCCAUGAAUCUCUUGUGCAAACACCACAAAAGGAAGAGACUUCGGGAAGGAAGACGCCAAUAGAGAUAGCAUUAAGAAAAAUUGAAAACAGACCUGAAAGUCCACUGGUACAAAAAAGGGCCGUCAUUGUGCAGGAUCUUCCUCCUCAACCGCUUUCAAAGCCUCCAAGGAUGUCACCAGUUACUCCAACGGAGGAGAGAAUGGAAGUGGACCUACCUAAACCAGCCUUAAAGAUAAGAAUCCCCGCGAUUAUUAUUGAAGAUGAAAAGAUGGAAGAGGAUGUUCCCGCCAAGACGAGCGAGCCUCAGCAGACCACUGCUAGUGCCAAAGAGGGACGACAGCUGAAGACCAAAGGAAAGCACCGUCGCCCUCGACCCAUGUCUCCAGAGUUAGAUUCUUCAGAUGAUUCUUAUGUGUCUGCUGGAGAAGACCCGAUGGAGGCGCCUGUAUUUGAGUUUCCCCUGCAGGACGCUGUAGCAUCUGCCGGUGCAGAUGUGCUACUAAAAUGCAUCAUUGCCGGCACCCCCAUUCCUGAAGUAACCUGGACAAAAGAAAAUAUGGAAAUCGCCGGCAUUGCAAAUUAUGCAGUCAAGGUGGAGGGUGAACGACAUACUCUGCUCAUCAAAUCAGCUAGGAUAGGUGAUGGUGGAAAAUACUGUGUUACUGCUGUUAAUCAGAUGGGCAGAGCGUCCAGCAGCGCCACACUGAUUGUUAAAGCAGAUUCUGUACAGGAGCCAAGGGGAAACCUGGGUGUGCCUAGGGAUAUCAGCAGCCCUAUUACAUCUGAUGAGGAGUAUCUCAGUCCCCUGGAGGAAGGCAUGGAUUUUGGAGGGCCAGAGCUCAGGCGACCUAUUGACACACGCUUCAGGAAACCCCCUGCAUUCCUGGUAACAAUGAGUGAUCAAGCUGUCAUUGAAGGACAGGAAGUCACCAUGUCUGUCCGAAUAAGUGGACAACCCAAACCCAUGCUCUAUUGGCUGAGGGACAGAGUCACGGUGAAAACGGGCCCACGUCACAUCGUACGUGAGGCGGGAGAAGGCACUUUUGAAAUGACCAUCAAGUCGGCAUUGAGAUCAGACUCGGGGAUUUACACCUGUAAGAUCAUUAACGAGUACGGGACAAAGCAGUGCGAAGGAAAGUUGGAAGUCAAAGCACCACCAGUCGAGCCAGGCCUGGCCGUCAUCCGUCCGGUCAGGGACAUCACAGCCAAGGCCGGAGAGACGGUUCUCUUCGAGUGUCAUGUCAUCGGGCCGAAGGACACCGAUGUGGACUGGCUCGCUGACGGGAAACUGAUCCAGCCAGCAUUGCUCAACUGUAAGAUGCACUUUGAUGGAAGAAAGUGCCGCCUGCUGCUCAACUCCGUACACGAGGACGACAGCGGGACAUACAUGUGCAAACUCAGCACAGCUAAAGAGGAAGUGACUUCAUGUGGCAAACUCAAAGUCAUCCCUUCAAUCGAACCUCUCUUCACUCGCAAGCUGGACGUUCUGGAAGUGAUCGAGGGGCGUAACGCUCGAUUUGACUGCAAAGUCAGCGGGACGCCUGCUCCCAAGGUCAUCUGGAGCCACUUUGACCAUCCACUCACAGAAAGUGAAGACGUUCGUAUCCUUCAGGAGGCUGGACGCCACUGCCUUUUUAUUUCCCACGUGACCAACGAGGAUGAGGGUUUUUACACCGUCACGGCCCGAAACAGCCACGGAGAGGCAGAGAGCUCCGCCGAACUCUAUAUACAAGAACCACGGCCAGCCAUCUCCUCACAGAUGGCUAAACUGGAGAAGAUGCCGUCGAUCCCAGAGGAGCCAGAGGUCCCUGAGAAUGAGGUGGAGCGUUUCACAAUGCCCGACUUCAUCAAACCCCUUUAUGACCUGGAUGUGAUCGAGGGAAAAGAGGCUGUGCUGAAAUGUAAAGUGGCGGGCUUGCCGUACCCGACCAUCGUCUGGUUCCACAACGGCAAGAGGAUCGAGAGCACCGAGGACAGAAAGAUGACACAGUUCCGUGACGUCCACAGCCUGGUCAUCCGCUCUGUGUGCCACGCCCACGGUGGCGUCUACAAGAGCGUCAUCUCUAACAAAGUUGGCAAGGCCACCUGCUACGCUCAUCUCUAUGUCACAGAUAUCCUCCCGGACCCUCCCGAUGGGACCCCAGUGAUAGAAUCCAUCACUGGUAAAACCAUCACCUUGAGCUGGAAGAAACCAAGGAGGCUGGACCCUUCCAUUGAUCCCAGCUCUCUGAUGUACGCCAUCCAACAACAAGCCCUGGGCUCCAUCCAGUGGACCAUUAUAGCUUCAGGACUGAAGGAAACCAUCUUCACCAUCAACACCCUCUCCAAAGGUGUCCGCUACUCGUUCAGGAUCCUGACCAUCACCUCCAAAGCCUUCAGCAAGCCCUCGCCUGCCACCGACCCGGUGCAGCUGCUGGACCGAGGUCCCUACCUUCAGGAGACUCCAGUGAUUAUUGAUAAGCCAGAUCUUGUACAUGUGAUGGAAAACCAGUCAGUCACCAUCACGGUCACUCUAAAUCAUGUCAACGCUGCAGUCAUCUGGAAGAGGAGGGGAGUGGUUCUGUCCAGCAAGCCCGGCCUGUACGAGAUGACCAUGCCAGACGAUGACCAGCACACACUCAAGCUGCUUAAAGUGAAGGGUGCUGACAUCGGAGAAAUGCAGUUUGUGGCAUCCAACAAGCACGGCAGUGACAGCUGCACCUUUAAUGUGGAGAUGGCAGCUGCACCAACAUUUGAAACCAUCAUGGAGGACUUGGACGUCAGUUCUGGGGAGACGCCUCGCUUUGCCGUGGUUGUGGAUGGCAAACCCAUUCCUGACAUUCUCUGGUUCAAGAAUGACAUCCUGCUGUCGGAGAGCAGUCAUUACACAUUUGUGUACGAUGAUAACGAGUGUUCCCUGGUGGUCCUCAACGCUCGUCCAGAAGACUCCGGGGUUUACACCUGCACCGCCAGGAACUUGGCAGGAUCUGUGUCCUGUAAAGCUGAACUCACCAUUCAUGAAGCUAAGCGUAAAGAAGAUCCAAUGGAUGAUGAGGCGACUAUUCUGAGGAAAAUGCGCAGACUGACUGACAACUAUGACAUUCACAAGGAAAUUGGGAGAGGUGCAUUUUCCUAUGUGAAACGUGUGACCCAGAAGGGCAGCAAAAAUGAGUAUGCUGCAAAGUUUAUGUCUACGCGGGCGAAGAAGAAGAUAUCUGCUCUGAGAGAGAUGAACCUGCUGUCCAAGCUGGACCACGAGAGGGUCCUUUACUUUCACGAUGCCUUCGAGAAAAAGAACGCAGUCAUCAUCAUCACUGAAAUAUGCCACGAGGAGCUGCUUGACAGAUUUACAAAGAAAUCUUCAGUUAUGGAGUCUGAUGUACGUUCAUGUAUAAGACAACUGCUGGAGGGCGUGGACUACCUUCACCAUCUGAACAUCAUACACCUGGACAUUAAGCCUGAUAACAUCCUCAUGGCAGAGUCCCAUGGUGAUCAGAUCCGAAUCUGUGACUUUGGCAACGCAGUGCAGCUCACCCCCGACGAGGCUCAAUACUGCAAAUAUGGCACGCCAGAAUUUGUCGCACCAGAAAUUGUCAAUCAGACCCCUGUGUCAAAAGCCACGGACAUCUGGUCAGUUGGAGUUAUUGCAUACCUGUGUCUGACAGGAGUUUCUCCAUUCGCUGGAGAGAACGACCGCAGCUCCGUUCUGAACAUCAGGAACUAUAACGUGGCCUUCGAGGAGAGCAUGUUUGCUGACCUCUGCAGAGAGGCUAGAGGCUUCAUCAUAAAGCUGCUGGUAGCAGACAGGCUGAGACCUGAUACUCAAGAAUGUCUCAGACACCCAUGGUUCAAGACACUUAGCAAGGGGAAGGCCAUAGGUACAGAGGCCCUGAGGAAGUUUGUGUCUCGCAGAAAAUGGCAGCGUUCACUAAUCAGCUACAAAUCAAAAAUGGUCAUGAGGUCCAUACCUGAGUUGCUGAAUGAUUCCUACAGCCAUAUUUCCAUUGCCGUUCCCAGGCACCUUAAAGAAGGUUCACCUUUGCCGUCAUCAUCUUCAGAUUCUGACGAAGACAUUGAUGAACUACCAUUUAUUCCAAUGCCCCUCAACAUGGAAUUUUCUGGAUCAAGGAUGUCACUUAAUGACAUCCAGACCAAUGAGCAGGAAGCAGGAAAGCAGGACGUAACAAGUAAACGGUCUGAGUCCGCUGUUCAAGCCCCGGAGGCGAUGGAGUGUGACCCUCAAGUCGUGGAUAAAGAAGGGGUCGAACCAGCAGGUAAAGGCCGCCUGCGUAAAAGGUCGCCCAAAGACGACGACAGGGGUUCCUCAGAUGAAGAACCUCCUGCUGAAUUGCCACAAAAGUCACAGCUGACCAGAAAACCCCUGCGGAGGGGUUCAAGCAUGGAGUCGGACAAACCAGAGGGUGGACGACGAAGAGGAGAGCUGAGACGAGGAGGCUCUGCUGACAGUGCACUGCUGCUCCGCAUUACACCUGAGGAAGGAGCUGCAGAAGGAAUUCAAGAGGAUGGAAGGAGAGUUCUCAAGAAAGCCGUCUCUAUGGAACUCCCAAGGAGGAGCACGAGCCCAGGAACUGCCAAGAUGAGUCAAGAAGACUACGCUCUUAAACUGGAGCUGAUGAGACAGCGUCUGCUUCGUGGUGGCUCUGUGGACAAUAAGAUGAGCGGACUGAGAGGGCCGCUGUUGGAAACAUUAGGAAUGGGAGAUGAAAAACGUGCAAUAUCCUCAGAUCGCUACUCUCGUACUGCUCGUUUGGGCCCACCCCCGCUGAUUAGAGCUGCAUCCAGCGAUUCUGCAACAGAGGACGUUCCCAAACCCAAAGUUUUACGUAAAACUGCUUCUUUCAGUCAAGGUGAUUCAGAACCGAUAGCUUUACACCGCCGGUCAGGAGCUCCCUUGGAGAUUCCCUUGGCACAGGUAGAAGAGAGAAGGCUCAAGGAGGCUAUAUCUAUGUCAGCUCUUACUGAGCAAAUCAAGCUGGACUCGCGUCCAGUGACUCCCAGAGAACCUUCGCCAAGACCGCCAACACCAGAGUCCAUUAUGCAGGAUAGUCCAACCAAAACAGAAAGCGAGGAAUCAUUAAUGGAAAGGGAGAUAAGGUCUGACGAGACUAUGAAUGAAAAGAUGGAUGGGCUGACUACAGAUAGUAAUUUUGAUGAGAGAUCGAGCACAAGUGGUUUCUCAGAGAAGGAUAUGAGCAUAUCAGAAGAACCAAUGAUUGAAUCAGAGUAUACGGGCCAGAGAAUCCCUACACCUCCUGUUGUGGUCCAAAGCUCUAAACUGGAAGAGAAAAUGGAGCAAGAAGAAGAAGAAGAAAAGAAAGAAGAAAAUGAAGAGAUUAUGAGAGAAGAAGAGGAAAGAAUGGAUAGCGUUAGUGAAUCCAAUGCUAAAGGAGGAGAAGAUGUUUCUGAAGAAAAUGUAGAAGAAGAAGUAAAUAUGCCUGCUAAGUCUUCUGAUAUGCUCAUAACCACAAGCUCAGUUAUGGUGAGACCAACACAAGAAUAUCCCCAUCCAUCAGCAAAUGUUGUGUCAACUUAUGUACCACCGGCAACUCCUGCUAAAGUUGUUCUUCCAGAUGGAAGGACAUCAGCAUAUGCAAGUAUUAUGCAGACCAUCAUGGUCCCUGCAGUUCAGCCUGUCACUGACCAACCUUUAGGCGCCUCUACACCUGUUGUUGCCCCAGCCACCUUGCCAUCUUCACCUGCCAGCAUGUCUCUACCUGGUCCACCAAAGCCAGCUAUCUUGUCAACCACUGAGCACCCUGCUGUAUACUCCAGGGUAGCAUCACCAGAAAUGAUGACAAAAGAACCCAGUCCACCAAAGACUAUCAGACAUUCCCCAUCCCAACCAGAGCUCUCAAGAGGAGCUGACUUUGAAGACAUUACCUCCGAAGAGGUCUUUGAGGCCCGCUUCAAAAAACGUGAGUCUUCCCUCUCAAGAAGUCUGAAAUUUUUGUCACGGUCUAAGAAUGACGACAAAGUGAUUUCACCAGACGCUGCAGAGUUAGGGGAAGAGAUGUACAGACCUGGGCCAAUUGGUGCACCAUUGGAAUUAGCACCAAGGAGACUUGAGGAGAAGUCAAAGUCAGUCCAGGACCUUCGUGAAGCUCAAAAGGACCAAGGCUUUAUGAGAAGACUCUCCAUGCGCCUGAAGAGAACUCCGUCAGCUGAGCGCAAGGACGACUCAACCAAAGAAGAGGACUCCUUCGCUUCAAGGCGUAGGCUUUCUUGGACUCUAGGACGAAAAGGGUCACAGGAAAGGAAGGAAGUGGAGAUGACGCGCAUGGAUGGUGAAGGCAAUGCGUCGGCGGAGCAAGAUGAAAAGGAGCUGAAGAAACCGAAUGAAUCACCGGUCUUGGCAAUGCGCAGGAAGAUUGAAUCAACAGUGGCUGGGAUCUCCACAAGAAUCCGCAGUUUCUCGGAGGAAAGGAAAGCAUCAGAGGACAAGGAAACCAAGAGGACUCCCAUUCUUUCCAUGCUUCGUCGUUCAGCAUCAGAGAACCGUGGUUUGAAGGUUGCCAGUGUUCCUCAGAACCAGCUGGCAUCUCAGGCCACUAAUGGUGCCUCGUCAGAGUCUCUAGACUCCAUGUCCAGCCUAAAGUCAGACAUAGCAAAGGUUGCGGAGGGUGAACGCAGAUCCCGCUGGGAUCGAUGGGGCCUGACCAGAGGGAAGCGAGACAAGACCGUAUCACAGCCAGACAUCCCAACAGCCAUCUCCAGAGAAAAUAGUUCCCUACGUUCACGCCAGUACUCCAGACUAGCUUCUGAUUUCCCUCCAGUAUUCCACAUCAAGCUGAGAGAUCACGUCCUGCUGGAGGGGGAUCCAGUCACACUCAGCUGUCUGCCAGCUGGCAGCCCCCACCCACACAUCACCUGGAUGAAAGAUAAGAAGCCCCUGGAGAUUGAUGCCAGGAUGAACAAUAUCGCCUGUCCUGAUGGCCGGCAGCUGCUGAUGAUCAUGCAGACCACCAAGAAGGAUGCCGGGGUCUAUGAGUGUGUUGCUACCAACCCCCUGGCUGCAGUCUCCAGCUCUUGCACAAUAUCUCUCGCUCGUCUGCCCAAUCGUCCUGGGACCCCUGAAAUACCUCAGAAGUACAACAACACAGCUCUGGUACUGUGGAGACCCUCAGACACCAUCGCACCCUGCACAUACUCUUUGGAGAGGAGAGCAGAGGGUGAGAUCAACUGGCUGAUCGUGGCUACAGGGGUGGCAGACUGUUACUACAAUGUGGUGGACUUGCCAGCAGGGGGCUCCUUCAGGUUCAGGGUGGCAUGUGUCAAUAAAGCUGGACAGGGCCCUUACAGCAACCUCUCAGAUGUAGUCACCCUGGAUGUUUCAGAACCGGCUAAAUCCAGCGCUACUGUGGUGGUCAAGACUGUCCCCGCAACAUCUCCUCCUCCCCCUGUGGUGAUGAUGUCAUCCAUGAAAGUGCCUCCCAUUAAACCAGCUCCGAGUAAAUCCACUACAGUAACAGCUGCCCCUCCCUCGACCUCCACCCCCGCUCCAUCUGUGGCGAAACCAACUUCUCCAGUAACCAUCAAACCCACGGUGCAGGUGGAUGCUAGCAGUCCUGCUGUUCCUCCACCUGUAAGUACAGCUGCCUCUAAACAAGCUCCUACCCCAACAGCUGUCCAAACCACCACAGCUGUCCAAGCAACAACAGCCAAAGCCAAGUCCACCAUUAGCAUCAGCGUGAGCAAACCCCAAACCAAACUGGCGCCUCCCCCCGUUGUUCCACCCAAACCUCAGAGUCCCGCCCCCCUCACAAUCAACAAAUCCCCUUCCCCUGUACCACCUCCUGCAUCAGCCAUUGGGAAACCUAUUUCAUCUGUUCCCAUGUACGUGCCAGCUGCGACCUCACGUGUUACUCCGCCUUCUCAGUCUGGUUCCACUCCAACAACCACCACCAUUUCAGUAACUCCCGUGACCGGCCCACCACCCAUUAAAGUCUCACCAGCCGUGGUGGUGGUGCAGAGCUUGACACCAGUGCUGCAGGGAGGGGACAGCCGGAGCACGCCAUCCGGACGGGUCACACCAUCAGGACGGGUCACACCUUCAGGACGCAGGACGCCUUUGGGCAAGCCUGGAGAAGGAUCCCUGCGCCAGGGAGUUCCACAGAAGCCUUACACCUUCAUGGAUGAGAAAGCAAGGGGUCGGUUUGGUGUCAUCCGUGAGUGCCGGGAAAACGCCACAGGCAACCUCUUCAUGGCUAAGAUUGUUCCAUACGAGGCAGACAGCAAGCAGACGGUGCUGCAGGAGUAUGACAUCCUUAAGUCGCUUCAUCACGAGAGGAUCAUGGCUCUGCACGAAGCUUACGUCACGCCGCGCUACCUGGUGCUCAUCUCUGAGUACUGCAGUGGGAAGGAGCUGCUCUUCAGCCUCAUAGACAGGUUCCGUUACUCAGAGGAUGACGUGGUCACUUAUAUCGUGCAGAUCCUCCAGGGUCUGGACUACCUCCACACCCGACGCAUCCUCCACCUCGACAUCAAGCCAGAGAACAUCAUCAUCACGUACAUGAACGUCAUCAAGAUCAUCGACUUUGGCAGCGCUCAGAACUACAACCCUCUCUUCCUCAAGCAGUUCAGCCCACCUAUUGGAACACUGGAGUACAUGUCUCCAGAGAUGUUGAAAGGAGAUGUUGUGGGCCCUCCAGCUGACAUCUGGAGCAUCGGCGUAAUGACUUUCAUCAUGUUGAGCGGCAGGUCGCCUUUCAUUGAAAAUGAUCCUCAGGAGACUGAAGCCAGGAUCCAGGCGGCAAAGUUUGACCUCUCCAAACUCUACCAGAAUGUGUCCCAAAGUGCCUCUCUGUUUCUUAAGAAGAUCCUCUGUAGCUACCCUUGGGCCCGUCCCUCCAUAAAGGACUGCUUCAAUAACUCCUGGCUUCAAGAUGCCUACCUGAUGCGCCUUCGUAGGCAGACUCUCACCUUUACAACUACCCGUCUCAAGGAAUUCCUGGCCGACCAGCAGCGCAGGCGAGAGGUGGUGGCCACCAAGCACAAAGUCCUCCUGCGGUCCUACCAGAGCUCGCCACAAACCCCCACCAGCCCCGCCACGCCAAAUGUGCCAACUUCCCCCACCACACCUGUCACCCAGUGAAAACAGGCUUCCAAACACCAGUUGUCGUGACUGUACACGGGGGCAGUUGGGGGGGGGGCAUCCUCAGAGCGAGACGAGACUUUGGGCCGUGGGGUGGCGUGGUCCCCUUCAGGUUUGAGUUGUUGAACUUGGUCGCAAGAAAAAAAAGGAAACCAGCAGUGGCUGCGAUCUACAGAGACAUCACUUGUUGUUCUUUUCUGGUUCUGGGAGAAUCUAAAAGAAAGCUUUCACACUGAAGAGAACUCUUACAAAGUUACAAGAGCCUGACUGUAUUUUUUUUAUAUGGUGGACCUUGUUUAUACAAGCAGGAUGUUUUCGUCAAGUUAGUACCUCAAAGUUUGUAACUUUGCAUACAUUUUAGAUACUCCCUUUCUUACUGUCAGCUCUGCAAUGAUUAGAGGGAAUACAUUGUAGUAACCCACCAAGAAAGGCCUAAAAGUUAUUUCCAAGAUUCCAAAAAUUUAAUGACAUAUACUUAGCACAAUCUCAAAACAAGGAGUACAAAAAUAAUUGAUGCCUUUUGCAUAGCAACUCCUCUGCUAUAUCCAUCUAUAGUGUCAUAUUUAAAUGUUGCCUGACCAGAAGUUCAUUCUAUGAUGUCUAAUUCUGUGUCCACGAUUAAGGACAGACAGAAAUGCUAAAUAUUGCUCUCCAUAAACUUAAAAAACGAAACAAAAAGCUGUGUUGUUCAUGCUACGGUAUUGGAGUUUUUAUACCGCUGUAGCAUCUUAAUGAUCGUCAAGAUUGUAGCAGUUUUAGAGUGUAUAUUGAGUUCAGAGGAUACAUUGGAAGAUUCUCUACAAGGGCUAGUAGACUCUUAUGAUCAGCAAAAAAAUAUUUCCCCAAAUGAGAAUUUUGUUCCGGCAUUUCCUAUUAGAUUGUCAUUUUUGUUCCAGGUGAUAAUAUGCACAGCACAUGUGGCUCCGUGCAGGACUGCCACUGUGUUGGUGCUCGGCAGGCACUAAGUUUUUUUUUCACCACAAGUAAGCUAAACAACCAGCACAUUGGCUUCCAGUUCAGCUCAGCUCUUCCACUCAGCCCAGUGUAAAGGAUCCAGUGUGAUAUUUACACUCAUCUCUGAGUUUACUCAAAAAAAGAAGUUUACAAGUUUGCUGAGUCAGUGUUUUCUUAGACCGUGCAUCCAGCACCCAGCCUGAGAUACAACAUCAUUAUUAUUAAAUGUAGGAUUAUUCAGGGGGUUAGUGGUAAACUGAAUGGCUUUAGAAACCCACUGGUGAUUACUGGGGUACCUCCAAGUGCCCUUAACCAGUUAGCAUUAGUCAGCAUGAAAAAAUAGCCCAUCCAAUUCGCUGAGAAAGGAUGUUUAUUAAUGAAGACAUUGUUGAGUGUAUUAGUUCUUAUUUUAGCUGUAAUUUUUUAAAAGAGUGAUUUAUUUGGUUUUUAGAAAUUACAGUUUUUCAAAUGGCCGAACUUUUUAUAAAAAUUAAAUUAAAGUAUGAUUUAAAAUGGUUAUAUUAAAUUAGAAAUUAUUAUUUAUUUAUUCCCUUGAUUCCAUGUUAUACACCUUUUUGGUUUACAGCCCAUACAAGCUUUCAAGACACACUGGUCAAAGUGUAAGUUCAGUACAAAGCAUGGAUUUAUAAAUGUUCGACUCUUUGAUCCAUGCAGCUCUACUGAAUAUUUAAUUAGUUGUAAGAGACACCUCCUCUUAUUCCGUGCUCUUUAUAUUAGACAUAUUGAGGUAUUAACCUCUUAAAACAUUGCCAAAAAAACAAUAACAAGAGAAUGUAAAUGAGGAUUCAUGACUGGUUCAACAGAAUCAAUUUUAUCUUGUUUUUAUCUGGUUUUAGUCUAUUUAAACACAACGUGUCCUCUUCAGGGACAAUAUUGAAGACUGCAAUUUGGCACAUUUGUCCCUUGCUUGGAUUAAAAGUAGAAUAUGACCCUGUGACAUAUUGGUGUAUCAUGUCUGUUUCCAAAUACAUAAUUAAUUCUCACCUCAGAGAAAAUACCCAAAACACCCUUUUUAUUCAAAUAUGGUUCAUCCUCGAUAUUUGUUUUGGAGAUCCAUCCUCAGGCGUCAGUACCAGCACGUUUGCUUUAACAUUGCGUUAAUCAUAAAUGAUUGAUGCACUCAUCCUUAUUAUUUUCUGGUAAAUAAAUAGCUAAUUGUAUUUACUUUCAUAUUGCUUUGCCUUGUGAGGGCAAAUUCAGUUGUCAGACCAGCAUGUGAAACAUUUGCACAAAUGUCAGAUUUUUUGAUCACUUUGCUGUCACGUGUUGAUAUCAAGUACAGAUCUGCACACUUAACACACAGUGUCACUUCUGUGGGAUUAAUUUUAAAUGAAGUAUCAAUCAGACACUGAUGAGGCUUUUAUGACGUAAAGCAGCGUCGUACAUCGAGCAAAAUCAUGAGUUGUUUUAAUCCGUGUAUUGACUGACAGAGAUUGUUGAUAAUUCUAUGAGAUUAUUUUACCAAUUCUAUAUAUUCUAAUGCUAUGGCUAGAUAAAUACUGCCCUUUUCUGCAGCUCUUUGUCUUUUUGGCUCAGUCAUUUUCCUAUGCAGAGUUGACGUUAAUCACAGAGUCGUUUUCAAACCGAAUAAAAAAACAUGCAAGAUCAGCAUGAGGAUGCAAUGUUGCAUUGUAUUCUUAACGUCUGUGCAAAAUAUGAUGUUCUUAAAUCAUAAAUUGAAAUUUCAACUAUUUGUAAGCAGACAACAGGGUUUUGGAAGAAAAAAAAAACUGAUGUUGAAAGCUCCGCAUUUUGUAUUAAAAUCCUACGGUGUAUUUUGUGGAAUGUGUUGCAGUGCCUCGUGAUGGAUGUUAGACCCACAGAGACAAUAGUUUGUUAAAUGAAUGACAAGUUCUUUAUUUUGAUUAUAUGAAUGUGACUGCUUCGUGUGUGUUUCGCAAUUUGUUUAUUUAUUGGGUGACUGUGUUUGUUACAGCUGCUGCUUUUUAUUUUGUGACAUUUCUGAAUCUGGCAUGGAAAAGGCAUGACAGCUGUUAAGGCUAUGAACAAUAAAAGAAAAUAUGACAUAAA